UCAUUUGAUUUUUAUAUCAAUUAUCUCUAUUAUCGCAUGACUUCGAUACGAUUAUGUGCCUUUCAUAUUUUCCAUAUGCGCCAGCAGAUGGGGAAAUGUCAAAUGCAAUUUCCUAACCUCUAUUCUAAAUUGAGGCUGUUGAGUAUAUUCUCGACGUCUAAAAUUGCAUUCAAAAGAACCUUCCGUCGAUUAAGUGAUAUAAGAGCAAUAUAAUUAUGAGGUCUUCCAAAUUUCCAGAAUUCAAAGUCUGCAAAUUCUAAUCUGCUUUCACGUUGACUUCGAUGAAAUAGGAACGCGCGUUGAAAACGAUGGAGAGCACUCAGUCGCUGUACAUCAGCCUCUUCAGCGAGGAAAAGAGCGACGUCUUGAAGGAGCUGUUGCAUUCGUGCGUCGACGAGAUCUGCGGUCGUCCGGGACCGUCCUAUCGCAAGUUCGCCAACAGUAUGGAUUGGAGCAAAGCGGAGUAUGAAGGUGUUUAUAAGCUGAUAUCGUCGUUGCUGCGAAAUCCCGCCUCUCUCUAUUUGGUAGAAGAAAAGAUGCCACAAGAAUACCACGAAUUACCCGAGCAAGUGCAACAGAACAUUCUUACUUGCUUAAAAGUGCGCAGAGAACAACUGACAAACGCUUUACUGAGAGAACAUUAUAAAGGAAAAUUACCAACAGUUAUCGAUCAUGAUUGGAGAUUGAAGUUGGUAAUGGGUUCAAGCAAGAUGGCCUCAUUAAGAGAAUCUCUACUUCAGUUGGAUCUCAUAGUGGAAGAUAAGGAAUCUCAACGCAUUAUAAAUUUGGAACUGAAUAAAGACGAGCUAGAUACAAUGAUAAACAAUUUAGAAAGACUAGUGUGAUAAGUUUUGAUAUUUUUGUAAAAAAAAAUGAACAAAAUUUGUACAUAAUACCUUAUAUAUUAGUGUGAUAUUAAGUUGUGGUAUUGUGCAGGACAUGGGUUCCAUGGUGAAAUAAAUCAGUCGCCGCUGGUA